AUGGAGGAUACUUAUGGAAGUUUUGACGGCUCCGUCUAUACUUUCAAUCUUUCGACUUCGUUCAAUACUAGUUCGAAUUUCUCGAAUGUACUCAACCUGAUGUCCAUUGCCGGUGGUGCCGGAAGUAACAUAGACCCAACCUACAUUGACGGCGCGAUGUUUGCCAACGACGAUGAGUUCUACCUUUAUGGGGGGGCCGCGAUUCCCGCUAGUGAUGACGAGAAACUUCCUGACGAUGCUGUGCUUGGUUAUGAAGCCUAUCAGUAUGGUGCGACUAUUCAAGACUGGGAGCCAAUGUGGUGGACGGAAGACUUACCAGACAACGUGACAACAUAUAUCACCAACGGAGCUGGGGCAUCGGCACCGAGCGAGAAUCUGGGCUUCUACUUUAGUGGAAUGCAUGCCCCGGACUGGGGCUCCUUCACAUAUCCUCCUUAUCUGGCCAACACAACGGCGGACACAUUAAUUACGGUGAACAUGUCAGUGAUGCGCUCCGAGACAUGGAACAACGAUACGCUGCCGAGCUAUAUCAAAGGCCGUGCCAACGCUGAGAUUGUUUGGGUCCCAGUGUCUGAGGCUGGAGUCCUGGUAGCCAUCGGGGGCGUGGUCGACCCUGCUGGACUCUUUGAAAGUUUGAAUUCAUCCCAGGAGGCGCUCAACAAAGAUCUGAGCCCGAUUUUCAUGGAGACGGUCUCGGUCUACGAUGUCAAUACUAAGACUUGGUAUCUCCAGAAGACGACGGGCGAUACACCGCCGCAGUUGACCGAGUUUUGCUCUGUGCUUGCUAGCGCAGCAGACGGCUCAUCACACAAUAUCUAUAUUUACGGAGGAUACAAUGGUCUCAAUGCAAACUCAAAUCCAUAUGACGACGCGUAUAUCUUGUCAUUGCCUUCUUUUACGUGGAUCAAGGUGUACAAUGGGACGAACACACACGGCCGGACUGGACACAGAUGCAUCAAGGUUUAUCCAGACCAAAUGCUCGCCAUUGGAGGCUAUCGUAUCGAUUCAACGCACUGCCUAGAGGGGGGUGUCAUGGUUAACUUCAACCUCAACAACCUCAGUUUCCAGGAUGCCUAUGACCCCUUGCAGUGGGGCGACUAUAAAGUGCCAGAUCUCUUAUCAGCUCAAAUAGGUGGAAACUCUUCGGGAGGUGCAACCACCACAGCUCCAUCAUCAUGGACCAACUCCUCUCUAGAAGGUAUCUUCAAUACGAAAUACACCAAAACCAUCGCAACCUACUGGCCCUACAACACGGCUUCUAGCGGCAGCACCACAAAGCAUCACCAAGGCUUCCCGACCUGGGCUGCAGCUGUGAUCGGCGUGCUCUGCGGUCUACUCGUCGUUGGAUUGAUCAUCGCCGCCUAUUGGAUCUUUCGCAGACAUCGCCAGCGCCGCCAGCUUGAGAAAGACGAAGUUGUCCAGGAACCUCUUACGUCCAUGUACGGGGCUGGCCGGAUCGCGCAUAUGGCUGGUCCCCACUCUACAUCCACCGGUCAGGAGAUAUCCACAGGCGCGCAAACAAUGCAGACGUCGAUCGAGAGGUCGGUGUCUCCCUACUCGGUGGAAUCAGGAGGAGGUAUAGUCCACGAGAUGCACGACAUAGGAGGUAGAGUCCACGAGAUGCACGAUUCCUCGCCCAUCGAACUCCCGACCCAAUUCAAUGUCUCCUCUUCCAAUAGCAAUAGGACUUCGGUAUUCAGUAUGGCGCGAGGUUCCUCCAUUUCGCCCAAUUUACCGCAGACUCCGGUGUCCGAUUCAGGUCAAUACUUCCGGCCGAGUCACCACCGUAGUCUAUCAACUCAGUCCAUUGAUAAUGUGGUAACUGGCCGGAUGCCGGAUUUUCAUGCAUCCUCUGAUGGCGGCAAUGGGCAACACCAGCGUCAUGGGUCUGAGAUUUCGGAGGAGAGUUCUAGUUCAAAUGGGAAAGGUCCAAUCUGUGGUAAUGAGACGAUCCAUGAACAUGAAAAAAUAGAUACAGUGGAGUAG